AUGGCGAGCAAGGCCGCGAUCAAGCGCCUCACCAAGGAGGCGCAACUCAUGGACAAGGAUCCCCCGCCGCUCGUUUACGCCCGACCUCGUGAGGACAACAUCCUUGAAUGGCACUACAUCCUUCGAGGCCCUCCCGACACUCCGUACGCAGGCGGUGAAUACCAUGGCCAGCUCCUCUUCCCACCCGAGUUCCCGUUCAAGCCUCCCGGCAUCAAGAUGCAGACGCCCAGCGGACGCUUCGCGCCCAACACCAAGAUCUGCACCUCGAUGAGCGACUACCACCCUCACACCUGGCAGCCCGGCUGGAACACCUCGACCAUCCUGAUCGGUCUGCUUUCUUUCAUGUGCUCCGACGAGAUGACCACUGGCUCGGUCACCGCCUCGGACGCCGAUCGUCGAAAGCUGGCUGCGCAGUCGCAUGAGUUCAACCUCACUCAGAAGAAGUUUUGUCAGAUCUUUCCCGAAUACGCCGAUGCGGAGCUCAAGGAUCUGCCCAAUAUGGGAGACAAGAAGCCCGCAGAUGGAGACGCUAGUGGCAGCUCGAGCAAGACUGAAAAGGCGUCGCGCCAAACAACACCAACUCCACUUUCGAGUUCGUGCAGCACCACUACCAUCUCUCUAACCGUCAGGAUCGUCGAUUACCCACUACGAGCUCGAAAAGACACUGUUUUUACCCGGUCAACGUUCACACUCCUCUACGAACGGUUUGCGCGAAAACACUUUCCCCAUCUCUUCGGUUGCAUCGAACGGCAAAUACGCUCAAUGACGCUGUGUGGGCUACUUCCGAGCGGCAGCGAUGCAGGUGCGGGACCUUCGAGUCGAGGGAUCAGCCGCAAAGUGUUGGUGUUGGGCGAUGGAGCAUGCGGAAAAACCAGCCUGCUGUUCGUAUACAUCAAGCAGGAGUUUCCGCAAACAUACGAACCGACGGUAUUCGAAAACUACACGCACACCCAACCUCUCCCCCUCGGCUCGGUCCACCUAACCCUCUGGGACACCGCUGGUCAGGAAGAAUUCGACAAACUCCGCUCGCUCUCCUACGCCGAUACCCACGUCAUCCUCCUCUGCUUCAGCACCGACAACCCCGUCUCCCUCGAAAACAUCGAGUCUCGUUGGAUGCCAGAGAUUCGCGAAUACUCUCCCACCGCCAGAAUCGUCCUCGUCGCCCUCAAGUGCGAUCUUCGUGACCAACACGCACAGGAAAAGAAGCAACUGUUGACGUACGAGCAUGGCGUAACCGUGGCGAAAAGAAUCAAAGCCGCAAGGUACCUCGAAUGCUCAGCAAAGAAGAACAGAGGCGUACAGGAGGUCUUCGUCGAAAUCGCAACUGUCGCUGCAAACGUUGGCAGAAGUCGUUCAACAUCAGCGUGUGUCAUAGCAUAG